AUGACAACAUUGGUGAUCUUGGAUAAAGGUUCGGUUGAUCAUGCAAUCAAUUGGAGUAAAGUCAAAACAAAACUAACGUUGAUUGACGAAUUAAAACGAGCAGUGAAAAAAAUUAGAGCGGAAGUUGUUGUGCAAAGUGUAGAAGAUUUUAGUAAACGAAUGUAUCGUGUUUUGCAAAAUGAUGGAGAUUAUUUACGUUGA